AUGGAUCCCGUAGCCAGAAGACCCGACGCUGAUGGCAUUAAGCUGAGAAACCAAAUCAAGGAGCUGGUUGACCGGUGCUUGACUCGAUUUUGCACUGGCAGCCAGGAAGAUCGGAGUGCUACGGCAAAUACAUUACUCUUUUUCAAUAACUUCGGCCGCGAUAUUUGUGCUCAUGUCAUUACGAUCCUUCGAGAACGAGCGCUCAUACAUAAUAACGAGGAUGUAUGUCUCGGCUAUGAUGCAGCCAUGCCACAUAUCGAAACCAAUAAUACCUCGCUUGGCCGAUUGGGAUUGACCAUCGAAAUGGUCUUCGAGGAUUUCAUGCGGAUGUACAAACGGUCAAGGGAUCAACAUACACGACCGGGAGGAGAUAAAUUUCCUCUCCAUCUUGCCGAUUCUGUGUCAGUUUAUCGGCCCAAAGAAGCAAAAUUCUAUUUUGCUAGUCAGAUUUGGCCGGACAAAGGAACAGAGGCGACCUCCUCCCCAGUUGAGAUUACUGGCGCCACGAAAUUUACAGACCCCAAUGAACGUGCCAAAUAUGAGAGGUAUAUCGCAUCAGCAAAGCCAUUUGAUCAGGAGAAGUUGAGCUACUCGCGUCGAAAGCUGGUGAGGACUGGCACUUUCUUGCCUUAUUGGGCACCUCGGAAGUGCGGGAAUUGUUCCAAAGCUCUUCAAGAGGAUGAGGAGCUCAUGGAGACGCGCUGUCUGUCGACUGUAACAUGUGCGCUUUGA